AUGGGAAAAAAAAAAAAAAAAAAACUCUAUAGUGUCCUGUGGCUUCGGUUUGUUUCAAAAACUCAGGAAAGGGAAGCAAAGUCUCAUUCGAGGUGCUGUUCAUCAGAAGAGAGAAGAGAAGAGAAGAGAAGAUGGCAUUCAUAAUGGAAUUCGCGGAGAACUUGAUUUUGAAGAUGAUGGAAGAUCCAAAGGAAAGGGAUCGGAAGUUCAGGGAGCACGUUUAUAAGGUGAAGGACGGGUGCGCGAAGACGAUGGAGAUUCAUAGGCUUCCUAUGAGACCCUAUGGGUUCUGGACAUUCGAACGCCACAAUUCUCAGCUCGCAUGGGACCCACAGAUUAGCCAAGUUGCUGGCCGCAGGGACCCUUACGAUGAUCUCCUCCAACAUUACUCUCCCCCAUCUAAAUGAGCUUGUGGUGCUGAACUUGUCACAAGUUAUUUCAGGUGAAAAAGUGGAUCAUAUUUCCUUUUUUAAUCUCCUGUCCUGUUUCAUGUUGCAGAGAUUAUAACUGGUUUGUAAUGCUCUAUACUGUUAUUUCGAAUAAAGGUUCCAACUAAAAAUGGGUCUUAUAUCUGUUAUUGCUUUUAUAUGGAUUCAUCGGCCAACCUCAACUAGUUUGAGGUAAAUGUGAUCUUGAUGUUGUUCAUGUUGAUAUAACUAUGGUGCUAUGAUUUGUUUUUGUUUUUUUUGCCCUUGGGAAUUUACAUUCUUGCACAAUUGCACUUCC